CCAAGAGAUGAAACCCAAAAAAAUCUAGAGACGUUUUUUGUGAUCUAAAGUGUGACUAAGGCAAGAUGUGGAGGAAAAAACAAAACGAAUACAAUAUGAACAAUUACAGAAAAGAUUGGUAAACUUUAAUUGGUGAUACACGCAGUGAAACAAGCAGUAAACAACAUUUGAGCUAGAGAUCGAACUUUGUUGACAUUCAAACCGGAAGUGGGAUUGUUCGUCAACAUCCGGUUCAAACUUUUCACGAAAUUUGUCAAGUUUCAAUGUCGAAUCCUCAAGAAACUCAAUCUCAAACGAAACUGGACCUAUUUGUGAUUAAAGGAAAAAGGAAUAGAGAGGAAGACGAGUUUUGUGACGCCCUGGAAGCAAUUAAACCAAGAGAGAAGAGAGAUAAAAUGGCAGCCAUGACGACAGACGAUUUCUUGAAAAUAAUGCCAAACAUUCUAAAAGAAGCAUUCAAAGACAAGCAAGUAGUAGCAUCGCUUCAAGAGGCCGUAAGACCUCUCCUUGAAACCCAGAGUAAGAAAAUAAACAAACUGGAGAAGGAUCUCUCAGACACAAAGGCGAAAUUGCAGGAACUUCAUAAAGAACUUCAGUCCGAGCAAAACCAAAGACUGGCACUUCAAGUCAGAGUCGUGGGCAUCCAGGAUGACAACAACGAGAGAAUUCAAGACAAAAUCGUGAACUUCGCCAAAGAAAAGAUUGACCUGACAAUCGCUACAGCUGACUUCUCGGCCUUCCGCAUGGGGAAGUACCAAGACGGUAAAAUGAGGGCAAUAACAAUUCGGUUCAAUGACAUGAAUCUCAGAAACAAAUUUUACAGAGGUAGAGAAAAACUUUUUAAAACGAAAGAAAGGGUAUUUAUAAACGACGAUCUCCCUCCCAAAACUGCAAAGGUUCUAACAGAAGGCAGAAAACUGAAGAGAGAAAACAAAAUAUAUAAAGUCUGGACAUACAGAGGUCAGGUAUACGUCAAAAAGAAAGAAAAAGACGAGCCGAAGGAAGUAGACUUAGCAGACCUGAAAGAGAUGUCCCAAACUUAA